AUGCGGUCGUCCGGAAAGACCACGUUGUGCCUUUUCAUUAUUGCAGGUGUCAUCGUUAGAUCUGAAGCGGUAAGACAGGUGUCUCUUAACGUUGGAGAAAAUUUGGAAACAUCGAUUUUUACUGCAUCCGAUAACGUAGAGGGAUGCUACUUAGAUACCCCCUGGGGGGAAACUAUUGAGUUUAAGCCUGUAGAUAAUUCUAAUGACAAAUAUAAACUUGAAGAGGACACUGAGUUCGUCAAAUGUAAAGUAACAGUAAAAAGCAUCAACAGCAAUGAUGCGGGCAUCUGGACGCUGCGUUCUGCGUCAGACAAUGGCAACAAUAGAAAUGAGACGUACGAAGUUACUGUGACCACAGAAGGAACUUCAACAGAAAUUUCAAGCAAGUUAAAUAUCGAGAUAAAUGAAGAAACUUCUACUACAGAUGUUGCUGAAACCACAUGGCUACCACAAGAAACAACUGAAAACACAAUAGAAACUUCAACAGCGCAAAUUGAAGAAAUUAUUAACAUAGACCCUGAACACUUUGUUACGAAAAUCGGUGAAAGUCAUGAACUUAAGAUUCCUGAAUAUGACUUUUUAAAUAGCGAGAAAUGUUACAUUGUUACACCAGAUGGUAAUCAAUAUGAUGUUGAAAUGACACAAAUUAAUGGAAUAGAAGUAAUUAAGGAUGAUAAUGUAGCAUGCGGAGUUAAAGUCCAUAUUGUAUCUGAACAGAUGAUUGGAGAUUGGAUGUUAAUCUCACGAGGCACUAGAUACAGUACCGAGGUCGUUGAAAGAAGGUUGCCGUUUACAAUAAUUUUAGAAGAAAUAGUGAAUGCUUUACCAAGUGAGAUAACAGUAAACCAAGGAAAUGAUAUUUACAUACGUCUAGAAGAUUCCACUCCAUUUUAUGAUACUUGUAAACUGAUCGAUCCUCUUGAUACUUUCCGUACAAACAUUGAAAAAGAUUCGAGGUAUGUUGAUACCUGUGGUUUUAUCGUGAAAAAUGCAAGUGAAAAUGACUCUGGAUUCUGGCAGAUUAAAUAUGGAGAAAGUACAAUCUAUAAAGCGUUUGUUCGAGUGACUGUUAACGGUGAAGCCCAAACAGACAUUCAAAGUCAUUAUACAUGGACUCUGGACAGGCCUGUUGAGCAAUUAAUGGGUCCAGAAAAUACUGUAUACUGUAGAGUAGUCGAUCCCAAACAAAAUACAGUAUUUGAUGGAUUUGGCAGAUGUAACGUUACCUUGAACAGAGUUACUGUAGAGCAUACGGGAAGAUGGAGGAUAUUUGUUGGUUUGGAGGGACGUGUGCUAACUGAUGAACAUGAUUUUGAAGUGACUGUUAGAGAAGCAGACCCCAAACCGGUGGUGUCCACGUCUGUAGCCACAAAUAAACCCUUAGUCACUCUGACCUGCUCAGUGUCGAGUUCCCAUGCAGUUAACUCGUGCAAGUUCCGCGACCCGACCGGUCGUAUCCUCCUAGCCAACCCAGGAGUUGGAGAAGAUCGCUACACUUUCCAUGGAGAAGGUUCCAGCCUUCAGUCCGGUGUCUAUAAUCACGAGUGUGGUAUUCAAAUCACGAACCCAGAGAUCAGAGACCUUGGCUUAUGGAGCUGUGCUAUGGCGACUGAUGCCGAAACCUACUAUGGCUUUUUAAGUGUACUUUGCCCGUGGGCCAUGCAAGACCCUGAAGUAGCCGCUACUGUUGUUUCAGAACCUACUCUGAAAGCAGAGAAUCAAAUGGUGAACGGAUUAGUCGGCGAGACUGUGACCAUGUCUUGUUCAGUACAGUCCGCUAUAAGGUACUGUUACUUUAGAGCAAGGAACGGAACAACCUUUUCUGUAAGCCCUGGGGAAUCGACUGGAGCCAUCGAGUACGCCGGUGCUGGCUUCGACGCUGGAGAUUGUGCCAUCCGCUUCUCAAGCCUUUCAGCAUCUGACAGCGGCCUUUGGAGCUGCCAUGUUGGAUUAGUCAGCGCUUCGGAGACCGAACAUCGUGAUUCGUUCGAAGUCUCUAUCCAAGAUACAUUGGUGGCGGAACAGAGAGUGGAACAUAAUGCGUUGAUAAUAACAGGACGCGUCCACGACGACCGAGCCGUCGAAUACUGCAGAUUUGUGCGCAUCGAUGGAUUAGGUUUUACAACGGAGAACCUACCUGAAGGUUACCGCAGCGACAGCCUCCUCUCGGUGGGCAGAUGCGAAAUUCGGAUCCCUAGCCCCUCAAUACUAGAGCUGCAUCCCUGGACUGUGGCUGUCCGAAUCCGUGGACAGGAUGUAGAGUUGUCACGAGAGACGCUUCACAGCCUCCAUGAACAUCUGCCGGAGGAUGAAAAUCAAAUAUUCGUUUACCACUUUCCUAUAACUUGGUUGAUGAUUCUCAUCAUCGGUAUGUCGCUCAUCAUGACCGGAAUCCUCGUCGGACCCAAGAAAAACCGGACCUGGACUUAUGCCAAAGCGUCAUCCAUCCGAGACAGCUUGCGCCGCAGCUUCGGCAAGAAAAUAGUUACUGAAAAAAUCGUACCUGAGAGAAAUACGCCCAUGUCGGCCUAG